AACAUUUUAAAGCGCGUACUCGUUGAACCGGAAGUAGCUAUACCCACGCUAGUCUCGCAGAAUCGUUGCGGAUACGAAGGCACCCGGUGUUGACAAGCGAUCUGAAAACACUGUUUUUAUAAUUCAGCAACCAUGAGUCUGUUAACGAAGCCCAAGUCAGAGAUGACUCCUGAGGAGCUCCAGAAACGAGAGGAAGAGGAGUUUAACACCGGCCCUCUGUCGGUGCUCACCCAGUCCGUCAAGAACAACACGCAGGUCCUCAUCAACUGUCGCAACAACAAGAAGCUGCUCGGAAGAGUCAAAGCUUUCGACAGGCACUGCAACAUGGUCUUGGAGAACGUGAAGGAGAUGUGGACAGAAGUUCCCAAGAGCGGAAAAGGAAAGAAGAAGUCUAAGCCGGUGAAUAAGGACCGCUACAUUUCUAAAAUGUUCCUCAGAGGGGACUCUGUCAUCAUCGUGCUGAGGAACCCUCUGAUCACGGGGAAAUGAACUCUUUACAGGCGUCGAGCUGAAUCGGUCACAGAUGUUUUUCUCACCCUUUUUGUUGAAUGAUUUGAAGGCGGUGGACUGUCAUUAACGGAAACCUGUUUGUUUUGUUGUUUGAUCACUGCAGUCUCUAUUUGUUAAGAUACAUAGUGUCAAAAUGAUGCCUUUACUUUUUUUUGGAAGCCAUUUAGUCACAAGAAUAGCUGGUUUUGUGUUGUCAACAGAAGUCCUCUGUAUUUUUCAUUUUAAUAAUAAAAGUGAUGAAUAGAUUCAA